AUGGGUUAUUCACCAACAUCGUUGUCCUAUUCGAAUCAACCAGUGGUUAAGGCGGAAGAAGCCCACAUUUUCGAACCUGAUACGCACAGCUAUCGCAUCACUGUGAACACAGAUCCUACGAUUAAGUCCAAGGUUGCGAACGACAGUCCCGGCACGUUUCGGUGCGCACUCUGCUUUUUUGGUCUUCCAAGGUCCUAUUCUUCACUCGUUCUGCCAAGCAUCAAAACGAACAUUCUAGAUCCCAAUGCUAAAUAUCACUGCGACAUUUUCGUUCACUACUUUCAUCAAACGCAAGAAGCUGCUGGUCGAUACAAUGAUGGUGGAAACAUCAAUCCGGAUGAAAUCUUUCUCUUGAAAGCGGCAGUCAUUGAGAGAUUCAAUGAACUGAUAGAAAAUCCAAGCGAUAAGCAUCACUCCAGAAUGACGGUACUCUUUUCCAGUGAUACCAACGCCACCUUUUACGAAAAGAGAGCCUCUGACUUGCACCGAUAUCAUACGACUCUGGAUAGCGAAGGAAAUCCAAAGUACUUUCCAUGGAAAACUCCAAACUGGCAAAACUCCAGUUUGGACAACAUGAUACGACAGUGGCAUUCUAUUGAAGCAGUAUUUGAUUUGAUGACUGACUAUGCGAAUCGUCACAAUAUUGAAUACAAGCGAGUAGCGAUGCUUCGAAAUGAUGUUUGCUACGUGACUCCUUUGGACAUUAUGACAAUUGAUGGUGGGAGGCUCGAUGACAAGAAUGAAUAUUUUGUAAUCCCAAACUUUGCCAAGUGGCCAGUGAACGAUCGCAUGAUAUAUGGGCCCUAUGACGCUGUCAAUAUAUGGGCUGCGGAACGAUUCCGGUUGAUGGAAGAGAGGGUCGAAACGAAACCAGAGAUUGGUUUCAACAUGCAUUCGGAACGAUUUAUGAACGCGUCCAUUCUUCCAGCCAUGAAGGCUCUCGGUUACAGGACGAGUUUCAGUAGAGAUAUAUGUUUCUUUCGAACACGUGCAAACAUAGCGCUCAUGAUCAGUGACUGCUUUCAGAAGGGGGAAAUUCGAGGUUUUGUCAAGAAAGAACACCCAAACAUAAAGAAGAUUGUCGAGGAAACUGUCGGCCGAAACUGUUCUGAUAUCAUCACCGACAAUCCAAGGUUUCAGUACAUGUACUGCUGA